UAAGGGGCUGCUGUUCAGCACGUGACUUUCUGGGUGUUUCUUAAAGCCACUAUCAUGUGAGCGUGUUGUUGUCAGUCUCUCUGCUGUAGCUGCGGUGAUAAACUGUUAAAAGGAGAACUAAUGUAACCACACAGCUAGCAUACAAAGAUAACAACCUUAAUCUUACGACCAGAAACGCCGGUGGUUUUUUGUUACCAGGAACAGCACUACAAACCAGUGGGCUUCAGUUUUAUUUUGCCCCUGCUGUUGUUGUUAACUUGUUACGCUGACGUUAGCAUAGCUAGCCCAACAUCUGCUAAGCUAGCUAACUACCCGCGUCAAGGCUGUUUUUGUGUUGCUGUGAUUUUGCCCUGACAAGAAGCCAGAAAGGAACCGGAGAAUCAUGAAGCAGAUCGAUGGUUUGCAGUCAUGGUGCCUAGGAGUAACGUUACAGCUAAUUAUUGCUGCCGUCCUGCAUCAGGGUUUUGCUACUGUUGCGCCGCCCACAGCUGCACCGUACAAAGACCCUGGCAGACCUGAGAAAGGAAACUACCAGGUCAACGGCACCAACGGUACUGCCUGUUUACUGGCAUCCAUGGGUCUCCAGCUCAAUAUCACCUUCAACUCUGUCUCCCAGAAUAAGACUGUGCAGGAUGUUGUGAACAUUCAGCCCAAUGUGACAAAGUACUCUGGGUCAUGUGACCCAGACAAUGCAACUCUAAAUCUCUCAAUGGAUGCAGAGAAGACCAACCUUAUCUUUUUCUUCACACUGAAUACUACUUCCAAUAAGUACCACCUGAGUGAAGUUUCUCUGUCAGCAGCAUGGCCAGACAUGAAAGAACCCUUCUCAGCCCGUAACAGCAGUCUGAACUACCUGCAGGGCACCCUGGGGUACUCAUACUUGUGCCGUGAGGAACAGACUCUGAAUGUGGACCAAUAUUUGUCCAUCAACAUCUUCCAGGUGCAGGUGCAGCCUUUCGGCCUCACCAAAGAUCAGUUUGGAGCAGCUGAGGAAUGCCAGUUGGAUGAAGAUGACAUGUUGAUCCCCAUCAUAGUCGGAGCGGCUUUAGCAGGUCUGGUCCUCAUCGUGCUCUUGGCCUACCUCAUUGGCAGGAAGAGGAGCCAUGCUGGCUACCAGACCAUCUGACGUUACUUAACACUCCCAGAGGGUGCUAUCCCACCCCGGAGAUUAACCACUGUUUUAUUAGACUUAACACCCUACCCUGUCCCCUUCUAUCUCUCCAUCACUCAUCCUCCGUCUGUCUGUCUGUCUGUCUGUGUGUGUUCUUUGCUCUCAUCAGUAACACUAGUCAUUAUCACUUGGUGGUAGUUGACAUGCUCGUUCUGAACUGCCCCUAAUUUGUAAGAUAGGGGCUUUGUUUGGAGAUUGUGAUGAAAUUAGGAAACCACCUACUGGUACUACGUAAAGCAGGGCAUGGAUGUAGAUCAGAGGUCCACGAGAGCUCACCAAUUGCAUUCUACUAUUUAUGAUUUCUGUAAAAGGAACUUUGAGGGAUUGUGGGAGUUGAGGGAAUUGCUACUGCAGAUUUUCUUAUUGUUUAUCUGCUUUUGGGUGACCAUUUCUAGUGGUCUUGCCCUUAGUGAAAUAUAAUUUAUUAUAAAGGGAAUCUGUCUCUCUUUUAAAUGAAUCCACUUCGGACAGUAAAGAGAUGUUUUUAUUAUUGUAACUCUUCAUUCAGCCCAAGUAUGCAGAUUUUACUUAACAUACUAAAAACGCAGUAAACUAAUCCUAAAAAGGAUACGUGAAGAAUCCCCUUCAUAGUAAAGAUGCAUUUAAGACUUUAUUUGGUUCACUGGGAUUAGUGAUGAUGGUAUUUUUUUUUAAAGGAUUUUCCUCUUAAAUGUACUCAGUACAUAUUGUAUUGAGGCUUUAUAUGCAGUUGUCAACUUUGUAAGAUAAUUUGCUUAGGCUUUUUCCGCUUAAUUUAAAGGAAUUAUUUAACAUUUAGGGAAAUAUGCUUAUUUUCUUUCCCACUAAGAGUCGGAUGAGAAGAUUAGUACCACAGACAUGAGAAUGGUAUCAUCUUUGUAUCUAACUCUAAGCAUGUGAAUUUUCAAAAAUGUCAAACUAUUUGAUUGUAGACACUUUCUUAGUUUCUGCUGUUACAAUGUUUAAAUGCAACAGAAGUUGCUUAAACAAAAAAACACUACCGUUGGCUGAUGCAGAUGAAAAGGCUCAGGACAUCACUGUAAGGGUGUAAAAGUGUUCCAGUCCACUGGGUGGUUUUCUUCAAGUUUGUUUCUUUUAUUACCACACGGCUAGGCUGUUCAUUUUUUAUUUUCUCUUAAUAUUAAGUGACUUGGGAUUUGUUUUUUUCUGAAGGGAAAUAAGUUGCACUAAAUUUCUAAAGAAAAGCCCCAUGUAAUUUAAGUGGCCAAAAUGCUCUGGUCAGUGUUCAUCAGUGCCUUCUCAGCUGUAACAUUGAUGGGGUUAAAGUAACGCCAAUACCAUAGAGGUACUCAUUCACUGACACUGUGUGCUGCCAUGUUUGGGACAUUUGUCUCGCACAUAGCCUUCAUGUACUGUUACUACCGUAAAUAUGCAUUUGUUAGAUGUUGUUGAAGAA